GAUCCAUUCAAUACAAGACCGAACCAGAAAAGAUACAGUAGUACACAAUGUCAAAUUGUCGAUGACUUCCAAGUUCCAACCGUACUCCAAAUCAAAGCAAGUACUGUUAUUUCAUGCAUGAAAACGAAAGAACAAAUUGGCGGGUCACGUUGCUGAUGCUGUUCUGUUCCUCUCAAAUCUCUGUCUUUCCAUCACUCCUCCGCAGAUAACUUUCUUCAUCCAUUUUCCAAACUUUGACAAAGGUUUGUUUGUAAAUUCCAAUCCCAACCCAUAUCACAUUUCUUAUUGGUAGUAAUUAGAUUCAUAUCUUGAGUUUUUUGUUACUUCAAUUUUCAAUGAUUCAAUAACAACAAUUGGUAGUAGUAACCUAAUCUAGAUUAGAACAACCAGUACCCUACCCAAUCCAAUCAAAUUAACUAUGCAAACAGCGGGGUUAUCAGUUUCAGUUCCAUGUUGCAAUUCCAGAUUUUCAAUCAAUGCCUCUCCUCACCCACCAAUUGCCCUAAAUUUGAAUUAUGGGUUUUGGUUUUCCAAAUCAGUUACAUACAGAGACAGAAUUACUCGUCGAAAGAGUAGCUAUGUUAUUCGUUCCGGAAAGAAUCACGACAAUGAUAGUGAUGACGAUCGAUUUUACAUGAGGAAGAGCGUCGAGCUUGCUAGAAAGGGUUUGGGGUAUACAAGCCCCAAUCCGUUAGUUGGAUGUGUUAUUGUCAAAGAUGGUAAAAUUGUUGGGCAAGGUUUUCAUCCUAAACCCGGUCAACCUCAUGCCGAGGUGUUUGCUCUGAGAGAUGCUGGUGAUUUGGCGGAGAAUGCAACGGCGUAUGUGAGUUUGGAACCUUGUAAUCAUUUUGGGAGGACUCCGCCUUGUACUGAAGCCCUGAUUAAAGCUAAAGUUAAGAAGGUUGUUGUUGGGAUGGUGGAUCCAAAUCCCAUUGUGGCUUCCAAAGGGGUGGAUAGGUUGAGAGGUGCUGGAAUUGAAGUUGUUGUUGGUAUUGAGGAAGAAUUGUGUAAGGGCCUCAAUGAGGGGUAUAUUCAUCGCAUGUUGGCCGGAAAGCCUCUGCUUACUUUGAGGUAUUCUCUUUCUGUCAACGGAAACUUGUUGGACUCACUUGGGAAUGGAGUUACUGACUCUGGUGGAUACUAUUCUAAGCUAUUACAAGAAUAUGAUGCAGUUAUACUGUCUUCUACCUUAUUCGGCGAAAGUUUAUCAGUAGACUCAGUACCUUUAUCUCAAGAACCUGGAGCCAAUCAACCUAUUCGGAUUAUAAUGCAUAAAGAUUCUGGUUCUUCAAACCAAAUGCCAUUAGUAAUCAAUGAUAGUAAAGUAAUAAUAUUUACAGAUAGUAGAACAGCAACAACUCAUGAAGAGGCUCAACAAGGAAUUGAAACUGUAUCUGUGGAUCAAAUAAAUCUGGAUGUGAUCUUGGAUUAUUGUAAUCGUCAAGGAUUGUGCAGUGUUCUGUUAGAUUUGAGAGGGAAUUUCAGUGAAUAUGAAGAGCUUGUUAAGGAGGGUAUUAAGAAGAAGUAUAUCAAUAAAUUUGUGACAGAAAUUUUGCCAAUUUGGAAUGGAGGUACUUAGAAUGAUCCUUUAUUGCCAUUAAAAAACUUAGAUCAAGGAGUAGUAGUGGAAAAUUUACGCCCCAUGGCCUCGGCUCAAAGUGUUGUAAUUGAGGGAUAUUUGAAUUUUAAUUAAUUAGAUUCAUAGAUU